AAAAAUUUCGUGAAACUAUAUCUUCAUCUACAUUUUAGAUAGGAGUCGGUGAAAUACAGGUUAAUUUAAUUCCAAAGUGUACAGUGCCAGAAUAGAGCCGUUCCUUCUCAACCAAAAUGGGCAAGACUCCAGCCAUCGGCAUCGACCUUGGUACAACCUAUUCCUGCGUAGGCGUAUGGCAGCACGGCAAAGUCGAGAUAAUCGCUAACGAUCAGGGAAACAGAACUACCCCGAGUUAUGUAGCAUUUACCGACAGCGAACGUUUAAUUGGGGAUGCCGCCAAGAAUCAGGUGGCGAUGAAUCCCAAAAACACUGUUUUCGACGCGAAGCGAUUGAUAGGUAGAAAAUUCGACGAUCAGAAAAUUCAAGAAGACAUGCUGCACUGGCCCUUCCAAGUAAUCAGUGAUUUCGGAAAGCCCAAGAUCCAAGUCGAAUACAAAGGGGAAACGAAAAAAUUCGCACCUGAAGAAAUCAGUUCGAUGGUGCUGACCAAAAUGAAAGAAGUCGCGGAAACCUUUCUGGGCGGUAAAGUAUCGGAUGCUGUAAUUACUGUACCCGCUUACUUCAAUGAUUCCCAAAGGCAGGCUACCAAAGACGCUGGCGCCAUUGCAGGAUUAAACGUUCUUAGGAUUAUUAACGAACCCACCGCUGCAGCAUUAGCUUACGGACUGGACAAGAACCUAAAGGGCGAAAAAAACGUGUUAAUUUUCGAUCUCGGCGGCGGCACCUUCGAUGUAUCUAUCCUAACAAUCGACGAAGGCUCCCUGUUCGAGGUCAAAUCCACCGCAGGGGAUACUCAUUUGGGCGGUGAAGAUUUCGACAACCGCUUAGUAAACUACUUCGUUGAGGAAUUCAAAAGGAAACACAAAAAAGAUAUCAGCAAAAACACAAGAGCAUUGAGAAGGCUAAGAACCGCAUGCGAACGCGCCAAAAGAACUUUAUCCUCCAGCACGGAAGCCAGCAUCGAAAUCGACGCUCUACACGAAGGCGUAGAUUUCUACUCGAAAGUAACCAGAGCCAGGUUCGAGGAAUUGUGCAUGGACUUGUUCAGAUCCACCAUCCAGCCCGUGGAGAAAUCCCUCUUAGACGCCAAGCUCGACAAAGGCGCCAUUCACGACGUCGUUCUAGUCGGCGGCUCCACCAGAAUACCCAAAAUCCAAAAGAUGCUGCAGGACUUCUUCAACGGCAAGGCCCUGAAUCUCAGCAUCAACCCCGACGAGGCCGUCGCCUACGGAGCCGCCGUGCAAGCGGCCAUCCUGAGCGGAGACACCAGCUCCCAGAUCCAGGACGUGCUGCUGGUGGACGUGGCGCCGCUGUCGCUCGGCAUCGAAACCGCCGGAGGGGUCAUGACGAAGAUCGUGGAGCGCAACAGCAGGAUACCCUGCAAGCAGCAGCAAACGUUUACCACUUACUCGGACAAUCAGAACGCCGUUACCAUACAAGUGUUCGAAGGGGAGCGAGCCAUGACGAAGGAUAACAAUCUCUUGGGUACGUUCAAUCUCACCGGUAUACCGCCGGCUCCGCGCGGGAUUCCCAAGAUAGAGGUCACAUUCGAUUUGAACGCCGAUGGUAUUCUAAACGUUUCUGCUAGAGACAGCAGCACCGGGAAAUCCGAGAAAAUAACCAUUACUAACGAUAAAGGUCGAUUAUCCAAAGCUGAAAUCGACAAGAUGCUUUCCGAAGCUGAAAAAUACGCGGCCGAGGACGAGCAGCAAAGACAGCGAAUUACGGCAAGGAACCAACUAGAAGGUUACAUUUUCAGCGCUAAACAGGCUGCCGAAGACGCUCCGGCCGAUAAAUUGAGCCCGGAGGACAAGAAAUUGGUGCAGGACAAAUGCUCGGCGGUGCUGUCUUGGCUGGACGCCAAUCAGCUGGCCGAAAAAGACGAAUACGAGCACAAAUUGAAGGAAUUGCAGCAGGAGUGCUCGCCGAUCAUGAUGAAGCUCCACCAAGGCGGUCAAAGCAGCGCACCGACUGGCCAAGGGCCUAAAGUUGAGGAAGUUGAUUAAAAUCGAUUUUUCCAACGUUCUUUUAUUUAAUGUUGUUCUAUUUAAAUUUUAAGUUUAAAAUCACCAAUAAUGCUUUACAUUUUAUUAAUAAAUUAGGGUUAACUAAAUUGAAUCAUACUAAUUUAAUAAAUGUGCUUCAUCCACA